AAAACAUCAGAGACUAUGUCACAAAAGGUCACUGAGAAAAAUUACCGAAAGGAAAACCAUACAACUAGAAAUGACAGCUCUGCCAAACUUUGCUGUGUGGCCCUGGACACAUCAUUUCAUCAUGGAGCUGAACCAGAAAUGUUGUCCUCAGGCAUGCCAGACUUACCUGUCCCACUCACCAAUUUGACAUAUAAAUAUACGAAGAUUUUCAUAAACAAUGAGUGGCAUAAUUCAGUGAGUGGCAAGAAAUUUCCUGUCUUUAAUCCUGCAACCGAGGAGAAACUCUGUGAAGUAGAAGAAGGAGAUAAGGAGGAUAUUGACAAAGCAGUGAAGGCUGCAAGAAAGGCUUUUCAGAUCGGCUCUCCAUGGCGUACACUGAAUGCUUCGAAGAGGGGGCGGCUCAUCUAGUUGGCUGACUUAAUUGAAAGAGAUCGGCUUCUCCUGGCAACCAUGGAAUCAAUGAAUGGUGGAAAACUCUUCUCCAGUUCCUAUCUGAUGGAUUUGGGUAGUUGCAUCACAACCUUGCGCUACUGUGCAGGAUGGGCUGACAAGAUCCAAGGCCGCACGAUACCUAUCGAUGGAAACUUUUUCACUUACACAAGACACGAGCCUAUUGGUGUAUGUGGCCAAAUCAUUCCUUGGAAUUUCCCGCUGGUCAUGCUCAUUUGGAAGAUAGGGCCUGCCCUUAGCUGUGGAAAUACGGUGGUUGUAAAACCUGCAGAACAAACUCCUCUCACUGCUCUUCACGUGGCGUCUUUAAUCCAAGAGGCAGGUUUCCCUCCUGGAGUGGUGAACAUUGUCCCUGGCUACGGGCCUACUGCUGGGGCGGCCAUUUCCUCCCACAUGGAUAUAGACAAAGUGGCCUUCACAGGAUCCACGGAGGUUGGCAAGAUGAUCAAAGAAGCCGCCGGGAAAAGCAAUCUGAAGAGAGUGACCCUGGAGCUGGGGGGGAAGAGCCCCUGCAUUGUGUUUGCCGACGCUGACCUGGACAAUGCCGUCGAAUUUGCACACCACGGCUUGUUCUACCACCAAGGGCAAUGCUGCAUAGCCGCAUCCAGGCUUUUUGUGGAAGAAUCGAUUUACAAUGAGUUCGUUCGACGGAGCGUUGAAUGGGCUAAAAAGUACCUCCUUGGAAAUCCUCUGACCCCAGGAGUCAGCCAAGGCCCUCAGAUCGAUAAGGAACAGUAUGAAAAAAUACUUGACCUCAUUGAGAGUGGGAAGAAGGAAGGGGCCAAACUGGAGUGCGGUGGGGGCCCGUGGGGGAACAAAGGCUACUUCAUCCAGCCCACCGUCUUCUCUAACGUUACAGACGAGAUGCUCAUUGCCAAAGAGGAGAUAUUUGGACCAGUGCAGCAAAUCAUGAAGUUCAAAUCUUUAGAUGAUGUAAUCAAGAGAGCAAAUAACACUUUUUAUGGCUUAUCAGCAGGAAUCUUUACCAAAGAUAUUGAUAAAGCCAUCACAGUCUCCUCUGCUCUGCAGGCUGGGACAGUGUGGGUGAAUUGCUAUAGCGUGGUAUCUGCCCAGUGUCCCUUCGGUGGAUUCAAGAUGUCCGGAAACGGAAGAGAACUGGGAGAAUAUGGUCUCCACGAAUACACAGAGGUCAAGACUGUCACAAUGAAAAUUUCUCAGAAGAACUCAUAAAGAAAGCACAAGAACGGAGCGAAGCAUCCUCAAUGACUAAGCAUCUCCUACAGUCACUAAUAUAUUGUAGUGGGUUUUAAAUACAAAACUGUUCUGUUCUUGAUUUUUCUUAAACAUCAGCUAAUCAUAUUAGCAUUAAAACUACACAUAGAAAACUUGACAUGUAGCUUAUUCUGAAAGAAUCGUGUCUCUUCUGAUAUGUGACCCCCCCCCCAAGUCCUAUCUGUAAAAAAAAAGGACGGAUCUGAUGUAAGAGCUCUCCAAACUCUGUAAUGGCCAUGCACUUCUCUUUGUAGCUACUUGUCCAGGAUAAUCAUGUUCUAGAAGAGGACCAGUUGUCACGUAGCUUCUUUCUCUAAUGACCCCAUAAAGUCCUUAACACACCUUUGAACUGCAGAAUAGCUCUGUUCUGUUCCCAGUAGUUGUGAAGUCACUGGAGUUUGUUGAGAUGUCGCCAAGAAUGUCGUGUCUGCUUGUCAAAGGAAGUAAUGCCUGAAGUACUUCACUGUAACCUAAACAUAAAGCUUAAUAAAAACAACCUUGCAUGAAAAAAAAAAAAAA